AUGGCUGGAACAAAGCGCAAGGAAGCGCCAUCAGGGGUUGCCAAGAGUGAGAAGAAGCAGAAGACCUCCGACUCGAAGCCGACCAAGGUCAGCAAAUCCGCAAAGCCCGAGAAGACCGCAAAGAUUGUAAAGCCCGCCAAAAAGCCUUCACAUCUUGAAGCCGCCGCAAACGCCGACGAUGAUGACGACGAGGAGGAAUUCAAUGGUGUCUCCGACGAAGACAGUGGCAUCAAUCCGGAGCGAAAAGAGGCGAUCAAAUCGAACGGAAAUCCCAAUGCGAAAGGCUUUAAGCUCGACGGUUCUUCCGCCGAAGCCCACGCAAAGCAGCGCCAACUGGCAAAGGAGCGAAGAGCUGCGAAACCUCAUGCAGACGUGAUUCAACGCUCCAAACAGCUCUGGGAACGCCUGCGCCGAAAGUCACACGUACCAAAGGAGGAGCGCAAAGAGCUGCUUGACGAACUCUUCUCCAUCAUUGACGGCCGAGUACGAGAUUUCGUCUUCAAGCACGACAGUGUUCGGGUCAUCCAGUGUGCGAUCAAGUACGCUCGUGCAGAGCAAUUGAAGAGCAUUGUGAAAGAGCUGAAGAACGAUGUACGGGAUUUGGUGGAGAGCAGAUAUGGAAAAUUCCUCGUGGCAAAGAUGGUGAUGCAGGGUGAUCGGGAGGAUAAGGAUAUCAUCAUUCCGCAAUUCUACGGACAGGUCAAGAGAUUGAUCAAUCACCCAGAGGCGAGCUGGAUCGUGGACGACAUCUACCGACAAGUUGCGACGCAACAGCAAAAGGACAUGAUGUUGAGGGAGUGGUAUGGCACAGAAUUUGCGCUGUUCGGAAAGGGCAAAUCAGCAGAUCAGAGGAGAUUCGGGGAGACACCGUCGGAAGAGGAGAGCACUGCGGACUUGCGAAAGAUCUUGGAAGCGAAUCCAGAGAAGCGCAAGCCAAUACUGGGAUACUUGAAGCAGAUGAUCAACAAUUUGAUCCAGAAGAAGAUGACGGGAUUCACAAUGUUGCACGAUGCAAUGCUGCAAUAUUUCCUCGCCCUCGAACAAGGCACCGAAGAGCACUCCGAAUUUCUUGAGAUCUUGAAGGGCGACAUCGAUGCUGAGGAGGAAGGUGGUGGAGGAGACUUGUUCCGCAACUUAGCCUUCACCAAGAAUGGCAGCCGUCUGGUCUGCCUGAACCUGGCGUACGGCUCCGCAAAAGACCGCAAGAUCAUCCUCAAGUGUUUCAAAGACAACAUCGAGCUCAUGGCCUGCGAUCAGUAUGCGAAAAUGGUCAUCGUUGCUGGCCUGGACGUACCCGACGACACACGAAAUGCUCUACAGGCCAUCCUCCGCGAGCUGCUUGGACUACAAUUGGAGAAUGCGACUGAGCGGUUUGAUCGUCUGGAAGCUCUCACCAGCGACCUCAACGCUCGCUUGCCUCUCUUCUACCCUGUCGCAGGCGCCGCGAGGUGGUUGAUCAAGGGCGAAGAGAAGACACUGCUAGACGAGAUCCACGCCAUUCGCGCGACCACAUCAAAGAAAGCGCCUGAAGCUCGUCGACAGGAACUCAUCGCCCACGUAUCCGGACCUUUCCUCCAAUUCGUCGCGGACCGUGCAGCAAACCUCGUGCAGUCCAGCUUCGCCUGCCAACCCAUCUCAGAUAUUCUGUUUGAAUGCUCUGGCGAGCACCGAGACGCGGCGAAGACUGCUGUCGCCGAGCUUGCUGCCGGGAACCCGCUGGAAGAGGACCACAUCGCACAGGAUCCCGCUGCAGGUCGCAUGUUGAAGUCACUGGUGUCAGGUGGCAGUUUCGACUUUGAGACCAAGACUGUGAAAAUGGCGGAGCCGAGGCUAGGGUUCGGAGAGACGCUGUACCCUGUCAUCAAGAAGCACAUCGUAGACUGGGCAAGUUCAGACUCGAGCUUUGUGGUUGUGGCAUUACUGGAGAGCGAAGAGGUCAGCGACAAGGUCAAGAAGGAAGUGAAAGCAGCGCUGAAGACCGGAAAGAAGCAACUAAAAGACGCAGCAGAGAACGGCAGCAAGAAGAUCGAGUCGAAGAAGGAAAAGAAGGCGAAGAAGGUCGGUGGACCAAAAGGCAAUGCCGGCGCGAGGAUUUUGUUGGAGAAGAUCUGA